AUGGUGGCCUUGUCGCGGUGCCCCUGCAGGAUAGACAAGGGGGCAAAGAGGUGCGUCAGGCAGCGAUGGCCAGGGGUGAUCGAGCUGGGGGACAUCACCAAGCUCGCCCCAGAAUCGUUGGAGAAGGUCGCCCGCUCUGCAGCUGAGGUGGCGAGCUGCGCGAUUGCAGGGGGUGGCUCACCGUGUAUUGACGUGAGCGGGCUCAAUGCAGCUGGCAAGGGGAUCGCUGGCGCGAAAAGCGGGCUGUUCUUCGAGCUGCCCAAGGCCUUCAAAACCAUCGAGCGGGUCUUCGGCAAGCGGCGCACCAAGUGGUUCGUCGAGAACGUGGCGGGCAUGCCGCAGGACGACAUUGCGAUGGUCACCGAGGUGCUUGGCGUCAAGCCGUACCGCAUCGAGGCCAUGGAUGUGGGUGCGGUGCGUAGGCCGCGCCUGUACUGGCUCUCCUGGCAGCUGCAGGCCCGCGAGGAUGUGAUUGAGAUCCAGGAGGCUGAGUUCUACCACAAGGUGAAGCUCCAUGUCGCUGCUGAGGCCAUCCCAGUCUGGGCUGAAGACGGCUGGAGCCUGCUUGACCCUAGUCACGUGCUGCCGGCCUUCGCUAAGCUGUACAAGAGGAGCUCCCCCCCAGCUCCGGUCGCAGGGAUCAAGACGGCCAGCGACAUCGCGAUCGAACGAUGGACAGCCUCCAGCUAUGUGACGCAGGUGUACAAUUUUGAGGAUCAGAACCUUCUCUGGAACGCGGCCAGGGACAAGUGGCGUAUCCCCUCUGCAGAUGAGCGUGAGACGCUGAUGGGCUUUGAUCGCGGAUACACGCGCGCUGCUGUGAAGGACUCUUUGCCUGGAGUUGGGGCACAGAUCAUCAGGUCGUCGCUCAUCGGGAACUCGUUCUCCGUGCAGGUCGUGUCAUACUUGUUUGCGCAGCUCUUGGCUCGAGAGGCUGGCCGUGCGGCCCCCGACAUCGUGCCGUUGCUCCGCACGGGGGCGGCGCCGCCAUCGUGGGGCCAGGAGCCCGAGUUUGGGGGCGCCGAUGUUAGCGAUCCUGACCUCGAGAGGCGGCUGGUGUUCAAGUACCUGCGGGUCGCCAGCAGAGGAGGUGCAGACGUCAGAAUGGACCUGGAGGCCCCCUUUCGUGCCAAGGCCUGGCCGCGCUCCGGGCUGCAGUCCAACCUGUGGACGUGGUCCAUUGGGCACGGCUUCCCGUGGAGGCAGGAGGCGCACAUCAACGAGCUGGAGGUGGGCGCGGCUGUGAGUGCAGUCAAGUGGCGUGCCCGAACGACGGCUCGGUUCGGGACCCGCUACCUCCACCUCCUCGACUCGCAGGUGGCGGCCAGCGUGCUCGCCAAGGGGCGGUCCAGCGCCAGGAGACUGUGGGGCUGGAUGCGGGCGCACGCGUCGUGCCUCGUCGCCUGUGGCAGCUACCCGCUGUACGCGUGCGUCGACACGGACGACAACCCAGCGGAUGUCGCGGCAGCGCGGCUCAAGCGGGCCGUGGACGCCAAGCGGCUCAGGCGUAGCAGGCCGCUUCAGGAUGGGCGAGUUGCUGCUGUCACCCGGCAGCGCUAUGAACAGGCGCGACAACAGUUGCGAGAUUUUUUUCACGAGCAGCAGCUGCGCCCAAAGACCGUGCGGGAUGUUGACCAAGGCGUUGCCCUGUGCAUCGAGCGCGCAUGGCGCACGGGCGGCUCACUACUUGCUGUGAACAAUGUGCUCGCUGCUGUGCCAUUUUUCAGCCCGCGGCUGUCUGGCAAGCUGAAGCAGAGUUGGAAGCUCCAGAAGACUUGGCUUAAGUUGGAGCCCAACGCCCGUGCCAUGCCGAUGCCGCCGCUGCUCGCCCUCGCCUUUGCAGGGGCCUUCUGCUGGUGGGGCUUGCCGCGGGUGGGCGCCUUGCUCGCCGUCGGCUACGCGGGGAUGCUGCGCAGUGGUGAGAUGCUGCAACUGAGGCGGAGGGACAUUCGCAUCUUUCAGCGGCGGAUGUCAGCGAUCGUGGCGCUCCGCAACACUAAGACGGGGCAGCGCGACGGCAGGCUUGAGCUCGUCAUGAUCCGCUCCAGGGUCGCGGUGAAGCUGCUGGCGCAGCAUGUGCAAGAGCUACCGCCCGACGAGCUCAUCCUGAACAUCGAGAGGGGUGAGUUCAUUCGGCUCUUCAGGCGCGUAGUGGUCGCGCUGGGCCUCACAGACGAGAGGGUGACCUUGUACUCGUUUCGGCGCGGAGGCGCCACGCAUGACUUUUUGGAGCAUGGCAGUCUCGAGCAGACCCUGCUGAGAGGGAGGUGGGCGAGCGCGCGGUCUGCGCGGGUUUGCGCGCAGGACGCGGUGGCCGCGCUGGCCGAGCUGCAGCUGUCGGACCUGCAGCUUGCGGAUGCCCGCGCGCUCGCCUCCCAUGUCUGA